UAUUCGGGACAUUGUUGUGUUAAGAGAAACAUAGGCUUUGUGUAUGGUUUCCUAUUUCAAGUUAUUUAUCACUUGUUUUAUAUCAUUAUUUAAUAAUGAUAGCAAUUUAACAAGAUAUUAUAUAAAUAUAUGUAUAUAUAUACUGGUUUUCUAUUUGUUUUUUAAUAGUUAGUUAGACUAAGAUAUGUUUCCACCCUGCAUUUUAACGUUAGUUUAACAUUUAAAACGUGUUAAUUAAGUUGUUGCGUGUUAGCCUACACUGCAUGCAAAUUUUGAAUAAUACAUAUUUGUUUAAGUUGCAGUUUCUGCGAAGACUAAGCUUACAGUGCGCACAGGUACAAAGGGCAGGUAACAGAAAAGGUGUCUCAAUAUGGGCGACAACCCUGACUUUGAUGAUGAAGAAAUUAAAGAAGAUAACAUUUGUCUGGAUCUGGGAAAAACGAACCCUUCCAAAUCCGUGGACUUGGAGGAACAAAUCGAAUGCACGAGCAUCCCGAAUGUGAACAAGGUCAAUACAACUACUACGCAUUUAUACAAAAGGAGAUGGGUGAUGGUGUUCCUUUUCAGCUCUUAUUCCCUGUGCAACGCAUUUCAAUGGAUCCAAUACGGAAUAAUUAACAAUAUUUUUAUGAAAUUCUACAAUGUAGACUCUUUUGCCAUCGACUGGAUGUCAAUGAUCUAUAUGUUGACAUAUAUUCCCUUUAUAUGGCCUGUCUCCUGGCUUUUGGACAAAAAAGGACUGCGGCUCAUAGCAUUGAUGGCCACCGCCAUUAAUUGCCUUGGGACAUGGAUCAAGGUGGCCAGCGUUAAGCAAAACCUAUUUUGGGUGACCAUGCUUGGACAAUUCGCAGGCUCCCUAUCACAGGUAUUCAUCCUUGGGAUGCCUUCCCGCCUAGCAUCGGUUUGGUUUGGCUCUGAAGAGGUGUCCACCGCCUGUUCCAUCGGCGUAUUUGGGAAUCAGAUGGGCAUUGCCAUUGGCUUUCUGGUGCCGCCCAUCCUCGUGCCAAAUGUUGAUGAUAUGGAUGAUCUGGCAUACCACAUCAGCAUCAUGUUCUACAUCACUGCUGGAAUGGCCACUGUGAUCUUCAUCCUCGUAGUCUUCAUGUUCCAAGAGAAGCCGGAAAUCCCUCCCACCCUGGCUCAGGUCCAGGCCAGGAGCACCCCUCCAGAAGAGUACUCCUACAUGGCCUCUAUCCUGAGACUGCUGCGUAACUUACCCUUCAUGCUCCUUGUUAUCAGCUAUGGGCUGAAUGUCGGUUGUUUCUAUGCUGUUUCCACACUGCUGAACCGGAUGAUUAUAGAGCAUUAUCCAGGUGAAGAGGUGAAUGCUGGGAGAAUCGGCCUCACCAUUGUCAUUGCCGGGAUGGUGGGGUCCCUCAUAUGUGGGAUCUGGUUGGACAAGACCAAAACCUACAAGCAGACUACCCUGGCUGUGUAUCUCAUGUCCUUCGUGGGAAUGGUGGUCUAUGCCUUCACUCUGAACUUAGGCCACCUAUGGGUGGUGUUUGUGACAUCAGGGGCUCUAGGGUUCUUCAUGACUGGGUACCUGCCACUUGGCUUUGAGUUUGCUGUGGAGCUGACCUUCCCAGAGGGUGAGGGCACCUCCUCAGGCCUGCUCAACUGUUCAGCUCAGAUAUUUGGGAUCAUAUUCACCAUCGGUCAAGGGAAGAUCAUAGACCACUUUGGCACAUUCGCUGGGAACAUCUUUUUAUGUGUCUUCCUCCUCAUAGGGACCAUUAUGACAGCAUUCAUCAAGUCUGACCUCCGACGGCAAAAGGCCAACCAUCUGGCUGAGAAUCAGGUGGCGAGUGCUGCAGGCUCCCCGUCUCGGGUACAGGACUACGGGGCCACAGCACCCAGCAGCCCUCAGGAGCAGCAGUCCUGACACUAACCUCACUAAAACCCAAACACACACCAGCCAAGAAACUGCCAGGUCACCCACAGGACGGCCUCUCACAGCCAACUACACUGAAGGACAUCAAAGUAUAAGGAGGACAUCCAGUUGAACGGGUGUGAAAAGAAAGAAAUCCCAUCAUACACUUGGAAUCACACAGGUUCUCCCUCUACAGCAAAUUACUCGUCAGAAGAUAACUGGUUUGAUUAUCAAGCACAACCAAGCGUAUUUCUAUUUUUUUGUGCUGAUAAUUCAUAUUUAACUGUCACUUUUUGAGAGUACACUAUGAAUUGUUAAUAUUUUCAUUUUGGUUUCUCUAGCUUUAAAUGUCUCCAAUCUAAAUAUUAUAAAUGUUGAUGUCUGUGCAUUUUUAUAUGAGCAAUAUUCAAACGGUGCUUUUUGUUUCCUGACAUUUGACCAAUACCAUACUGGAACAGAAAGUAUUAAUGUAACUGCUCUAUUUUUGGAAUUUGUUAACGUUAGUUAAAAUUAGACUACAGAUUCAGUGGUUUCAGUUGAAUGGAAGUCUGUUCAGAGGGCCGAGCCGAUCCAGUCAAGCCAACUCACCUAGUGGCUUAACAGGAUUUUGAGAUUGCUAUCUGCCAUAUAGGAUUACAAGGAGAUAAUUGUGAGUAAAUCAAAUCAAAUCAAAUUGUAUUUGUCACAUGCGCCGAAUACAACAGGUAGACCAGGUAGACCUUACAGUGAAAUGCUUACUUACAAGACCUUAACCAACAAUGCAGUUUUAAGAAAAAUACAUGUUGAGUAAAAAAUAGAUAAGUAUAAAAUAAUAAAUAAAAGUAACAAAUACUGCUGAUAAUGGUGAAUAUGUUUGAUACUCUGCAUCUGAGUAUGUCUCAUAAGGACUCAACCUCUUUAACCACAUUCUUAGAACUUUAGGACUAUUCUAUUUAAUAUUUACCUGCAUUGACUUGUUAAACAGCCUUUAAAGGAACACAAUGAUAACAGAACGUGAGCAAAAAAUCAUUAGUGUGGCGAGAGACAAUCCAAUGGACUUUUUGGAAGUAGGCUAGUGUUGUAUUUUCUAAAAUAUAUUAUUAUUUUGACCUGUAGAUUUGUUACUGAGAAACCUUUUUUAUCUGCUUAUUUGACUUGAUGUGUUGCGGUUAGAAGUUGUCCAGUGAUUUUUAUUUUUAAUGAUUGUGUAAUCUUAUAAGAAGUGUUUUUCACUCAAAUGAUACAGUAUAUUGUUAAGUAUAAUCAUUGUAUACACAGUACCAGUCAAACGUUUUGACACACCUACUCAUUCAAGGGUUUUAUUUAGUUUUACUAUUUUCUACAUUGUAGAAUAAUUGUGAAGACACCAAAGCUAUGAAAUAACACAUAUGGAAUCAUGUAGUAAGCAAAAAAGUGUUAAACAAAUCAAAAUAUAUUUCAUAUUUGAGAUUCUUCAAAGUAGUCAUCCUUAACCUUGACAGCUUUGCACACUCUUGGCAUUCUCUCAACCAGCUUCAAAAGGCAGUCACCUGGAAUGCAUUUCAAUUAACAGGUGUGCCUACUUAAAAGAACAAGUCCAUAUUAUGGCAAGAACAGCUCAAAUAAGCAAAGAAAUUACAGUCCAUGAUUACUUUGAGACAUGAAUGUCAGUCAAUGCAGAACAUUUCAAGAACUUUGAAAGUUUAUUCAAGUGCAGUCACAAAAACCAUCAAGCUUUAUGAUGAAAUUGGUUCUCACGAGGACCGCCACAGGAAAGGAAGGCCCAGAGUUACCUCUGCUGCAGAGGAUAAGUUCAUUGGAGUUACCAGCCUCAGAAAUUGCAGCCGAAAUAAAUGUAUCAGAGUUCAAGUAACAGACACGUCUCAACAUCAACUGUUCAGAGGAGAAAUCACUACUAAAGGACACCAAUAAUAAGAAGAGACUUGCUUGGGCCAAGAAACACGAGCAAUGGACAUUAUAAUUUGUGGAAUCUGUCCUUUGAUGAGUCCAAAUUUUAGAUUUUUCAUUCCAACCGACGUGUCUUUGUGAGACGCAGAGUAGGUGAAUGGAUGAUCUCCACAUGUGAGGUUGUGCAUGGAGGUGGUGGCGUGAUGGUGCUUUGCUGGUGACACUGUCGGAUUUAUUUUGAAUUCAAGGCACACUUAACCAGCAUGGCUACCACAGCAUUCUACAGCGAUACGCUAUCCCAUCUGGUUUGCACUUAGUGGGACUAUCAUUUGUCAAUGACCCAACACACCUCCAGGCUGCGUAAGGGCUAUUUGACCAAGAAGGAGAGUGAUGGAGUGCUGCAUCAGAUGACCUGGCUUCCACAAUCACCUGACCUCAAUCCAAUUGAGAUGGUUUGGGAUGAGUUGGACUACAGAGUGAAGGAAAAGCAGCCAACAAGUGCUCAGCAUGUGGGAACUCCUUUAAGACUGUUGGAAAAGCAUUCCAAGUGAAGCUGUUUAAGAGCAUACCAAGAAUGUGCAAAGCUGUCAAGGCAAAUGGUGGGAAUCUAAAAUCUAUUGAACACUUUUGUUACUACAUGAUUUCUUUUAUAAUUUUGAUGUAUUCACUAUUAUUGUAAAAUGCAGAAAAUAGUAAAAAUAAAGAAAGACCCUGGAAUGAGUUAAGUGUCCAAAC